CUUCUCUUGCUUUAUUGAACAAAAUGAAACUGAUCCCAACCAGUAUAGCUUAUGCUAUUGUUUUACCCUCUAUGGCAAUGGCAACAUUACUUUGGCCAGUACCGCAGCAUGUUGAAUGGGGACAAACAGAAUUAGAACUUGAUGCAAACUUUUAUAUAUCAGGUCCCAAUGUGACCUACUUGCAGAAUGCAAUUGAUCGUUAUACUAUUCUUAUCAAUCAAGAAAGAUGGAUACCUGUUCAAGUAGUUGAUGACCAUGGAGCACCUUUACUAGUAAACACAACAAACACAACUUUGAAAGCCUUGAAUAUUUCAAUAGAAAAUAAUGACACACCAUUGGAGUAUGACGUUGAUGAAUCGUAUGCACUUCAUGUACCUUUAGGAGAAAAUGCUGCCACAUUAGUAUCAAAAAAUGUGUGGGGCGCCAUUCGAGGUUUAGAGACAUUCUCUCAAUUAAUUCAAGGACGCCCAGAUCUUGACGAAAAUGGUGAUUUACGGAUUAUGGACUAUGAAGAACAAGAAUUGAAGAGCGAUGAGGUAUUGGUUUUUGAAGGACUUUAUAUACCCAAGGCUCCUAUCACAAUUGAAGACUCGCCAGCCUUUCCACAUCGUGGACUGAUGUUAGAUACAUCAAGAAACUACUUUCCUGUUAAAGACAUCCUUAGGACAAUUGACGCCAUGGCUUACAAUAAAAUGAAUGUUUUUCAUUGGCACAUUACUGAUUCACACAGUUUUCCUCUUCGACUGGAUAAUUCUCCUGAACUUGCUAACCAAGGCGCUUACAUAUUGCACCAGAGAAGAUUGGUGUAUACCACACAAGACGUAAGAGAUGUUGUCAACUAUGCUUAUGAACGUGGUGUGCGAGUUAUUCCUGAAAUUGAUAUGCCUGCACAUACGGGUUCAUGGGGAAAAGCAUAUAAAGAUAUCACAACAUGCACUGAUGAAUUCUAUCUUGAUCCUAGUGGAUCUUGGGAAAAGAAGUUUGCAGCAGAGCCCGGUACUGGGCAGCUUAAUCCUGUUCUUGUCAAGACAUAUGAGAUAGUCGAAAAAGUGAUUUCAGAAGCUGCCUCCUUAUUCACAGAUAGUUGGUUCCAUGGAGGUGGAGAUGAACCUAUUUAUAGAUGUUGGGAACAAGAUGAACAUGUUCAAGCUUAUAUGAAAGCAUACAAUGCCACUGGAUAUGACCUUCUAGAUAUCUUUUUACAAAAGGAAUUAGAUAUGAUUCGUAAUUCUAGCAAGACAGCCAUUAUUUGGGAAGAUCCUGUUACGCACAUUGAUCUUCCUAUUGGAAAAGAUGUGGUAUUGCAGUCUUGGUUCAAUCCUGUCAAAGAAGCAGUAAAGAAAGGAUACAAGGUCAUUGCAUCGAACGCUAAUUUUUGGUAUCUUGAUUGUGGACACGGUGGAUGGGGAGGAAACGAUAAUGGUUAUGAUGAACAAACGAUGCCUGAAGUACCCUCAGAAGUCGCUGCUGUGCUCGCCAAACAUGAUGCCAUCUUUAAUUACAAUCCUAAUAAUUGGGGUGGAAGAGGCAGUGAUUGGUGCAGCCCCUACAAGACUUGGCAAAGAAUUUACAGUUACGACCUUACCUAUAAUCUCACAGAAGCCGAAGCUAGUAAUGUUUUAGGCGGUGAGGUUGCAUUAUGGACUGAACAAGUCGAUUCUACCACAUUGGAUACUCGUCUUUGGCCAAGAUCCUCUGCUGCUGCUGAAGUUUUGUGGUCUGGACGCUUUGAUCAAAAUAAAACCAAGAGAGACAUUGGAGAAGCCAUGCCUAGAAUAUUUGAUUGGCGCUAUAGAUUACAGAAGCGAGGUAUUCAAACAGAAGCAAUGCAACCCUUAUGGUGUGGACAGAAUCCUCACAUGUGUGACAUUACUUAUCCUAGUUUCCUCAAAACAAAACAAUAAUAAUAAUAAAAGUCUUUAUAAUCAUGC